GGACAAUCAAAGUUGAAGAACGAAUCUACACUUCUCUUCUCUUUCUAAGAGUUUAACCCAAUUUCUUUAGGAUGAGAACAAAGAAACCAUCAUUUGAGAUAAAGAAGAGAAGAUAUCAUCUACCCUACUCCUGAUCCUGAUCCUGGCGCGGGACAAAGUGGGGAAGAGACUAGAGAGAGAGAGAGAGAGAGAGAGAGUAGAUAGGGUAUAAUGGAAAAAAGCUGUCACUCAUCUGGUGACUCCACCAGCAACAAUAGCAGCAGCAACAGCAACUACAACCAGCACCAUCACCAGAACAAUAACAGCAGCAAUGGCAGAGAUCAGUAUCUCAAGCAGCUCAAUAGAAUCUCUCACAAGAUAUCUAAAGAUUCAAGACCCCCACCCAUCAGAAGAUAUCCUCUUGACCUCCACCAUAAUCAGCAGCAGCAGCAGCAGCAGCUACAGCAAAGUCAACAGCAACAACAGCAGCAUCAACCUCCGGUGUAUAACAUAAACAAGAAUGAUUUCAGAGAUGUAGUUCAGAAGCUCACAGGCUCCCCUGCCCAUGAACGAAACUUCUCUACUCCACCACCCAUCCACCCUCCCAAGCCCCAAAGCUCUCGCCUUCAGCGUAUUAGGCCUCCACCACUUGCCCAUCUAAGCCCUCGACCUCCAGCUCCCCUAGCCAAUACCAUUCUUCCUCCCCCCACCGCUGCCGCAACAGGUGGUGCUGCCAAUGUUGCUACCCUUGCAAACAACGCUGUAAACAUCAACAGCGCCGGAAACUUUGUGGGCAACAAUAAUGGAAGGUCAGUGUCUCCUUUAUCGCCUCUCCCGCCUUUCCCAGCCGUCCAUGCUGCAGCGGAAUCACCCAUCUCCGCCUACAUGAGGUACCUCCAGGGCUCCAUGUCGACCGUCGAUUCCGAAUCCAAGCGCUUCUCCUCUGGGCUCUCGCCUUUGGUGUCGCCUCGGUGGAAUAACCUUAACUCAUUGCAGCCACAGGUGUCGCCUCGGUGGAACAACAACGCUGGCCCAUUACGACCGCCACCACAGCAGCCACAGUCGCAGUCGCACUUGCAGCAGCAACAGCAGAUUCUGCUUCCUUCCCCUACAGCGGCGAUGUCUCCGUCACAGUUUCUGAUGCCUUCGUCGCCUCUCCCAUUCGGGAAGCUUCCAUCACCGCGGUCGCCAUAUCCUCUGCUUUCGCCGACGUUUUUGUUCUCCCCGACUUCGGGUCAAUUAGGGUUUCCUCAGUUCCCUCCGUCGCCAAGGUUGCCCGUGUCCAGUCCAAGGUGGAGGGAUUUAUGAGGUUCAGUACAUCACAAAGCAGAGAAGGGGUAUCCGUUCUUGGUGGAACUAAGUUAUCCCUUCAGCUGCGGUCAGACGUUUAUGAUUGCUGGUAAUUCUUUGUUUGGUGCAUCUGUCCAUACUCCUUAGCUAUGCAUUGUGGCAUCUCUAGGUGCGCCAUUGACCCAUUAUAAGAAACUGAACUCUGCCAUUAGAAAGGUGAUUCAUGGUAAAUGUUUUAUGUCAUAGAGGAUUGGAUUUUUUCUGCAGGGCUCUCAAGCCUAGUUUAUGGGGAAAGGGCAAUACUAAUCCCCAAUGAAUGAAUUUGUUGCAAGUUAGUUCAUCUCCAACAUAUACAUUUUCCUUCAGAUUGGUAGAUCUCAUCGCAAUCAUGGCUAGGUUGACAUGAAGUGACUAGCUUGGCAUGUGGUUAUGUAAAUGUUGCGUCCUUAUAGUGUGUAGAUAAGACAACACUUCGACCUUCAGUGCAGGAUCUGUUGUUGUAGGAUGCCUCAUCUUCUUUCUUGAUUGGUCAUUGAUGCACCAGACAGCUUAUACUCCUUCAUUCAUCACCAUUGACCUACCUGUGCUGAUUUCUUGUAUUACUCUAAUUUCAAUGAAUCAGAAUUUCCAUAUUCUUUAGACUUU